AUUCCUCUCAGAAACGAGUCUCAUCUUCGUCUUCCAACAACCACGGAACUUCAACCAAUCAAAAUAUAUCAAAACAUAAGCACAAAAAAAAUCGCAAAGAUUGGACCGAUCCAUAUAGAAAUUCUGAUCCAGAAAACCGUCGCAUCACUCGCAGCAUGUCCUCACAUGUGCCCUAUUCCAAAUCAGAUAUAAACACAGAAUAUUCACAUGAACUUGAUAGUUCACUCAGCACAGACACAGAAGAUCUUAACCAUCAAUCAGAUACCCAUGAAAUGGACAUUCAAUUCCCACCAAUAGAUUAUAGUAAUACAUCAAACAAUCCCCACACAACUCCCAAUCAUAAUAAUAAUGCCAAUAACACAGAUGAACACAAAAACUCUCAACAACAAUGGCGCACCAUACCCAGCCAUAAAAGAUAUAAUGCAUGGAUCUCUAGCUCAUUAUUCGAAAUAGAAAAUUCAAAAGAACUCAACACA